AUGGCCGACAAAACCACCACGUUGCGACAGGUUCUCUGCCAAAAGAAACCGUUCCUACCUUGCACAUCGACAUCUUAUAGAAAUACCAGCAACGGUGGCUGGCCUUGGCUGCAGAACCAUGUCGUGAUCUGGGACGAGUUUAAUUUAAACACGCUCAACGAAAGCUACGGCCACGUUCUCGAUUUCGCCGUCGCAGAGCCUGUGCUAACAUGCCCUCAAGCAGACCAGAUGCUGGGAGGCCUUGUGAUGCAUAAGGCCGACGACAUGAAUCAUCUAACCAGCUGGAACGGUGGGAUGAUGGGGUCGACUCUCCAGUUCGCCAAGGCGUGUCUUGGACUUUGCCCAGGCGUAGUCCUUCGCCAACAGUAUUCGACCCCCGACAAAUUGCUUAUUCCCAAAUUGCCCGGUGCGUCAGCGAGACUCAUCGUAGAUCACGUAGUCUCGCUUGACGACUUCCCGGAGCAGCCACUGGUAAUUGGCCUCGGGAGACUCAGUUCGAAGUGGAGUGGCAGAGAGCUCGCGUACCACCUCGACAAUACGACACACGAGCUUCUCUGGCCCGUGAGACAGCUGGCAAAUCUUUGCCAAUUUGGCCAAACUCGAUACGGGUACAUUCAAACAGACCAGGAGCUGGUGGUUUGCUGCUUUAGCCAGGAGGCCGAGGGCGCUGAAAAGUGGAAGGCAGCAAUCAUGCCGAUCCCUUGGACCAGGAACGGCGUCGAUGUGCUCACGACGGAUCUUGCCUUGUGGUGGCUUUGUAUGCUCGCAAUGUCGGCUCGUCAUCAUCGCGCUAUUGUACCCGAGAGAGAAAUGGUCAAGAUCAACGCCUGGGAUACCGUCUACAUUGACGCCGAGCAUGGCUGGGUGCGUCGUCAUCGAUACUCGGGUGUCGACUUGCCCACGAACCCUCCUUCGCAAGGCAAUGCCACCGCCAUCGACGCCCACGUAAAUAGCGACUUCGAUGUCGAUCCCACAGCCGAUGACCCGUUGGAUAGCUUUUUCGACUCUGAUGCCCCCGACGGUGAUGCCCCCAACGGUACUGCUGGAUAA